UGACGUGACGCGCGAGUGUGUGUGUGUUUUGAUGUGUGUUGGCGCGUGGGCCAGUGUGUGUGUAGCUGAAUGUGGCUGCGAAUUGUUGUCAAACCAAAAAUAUACAUACAACAAAAGCCAGCGUGGAAGCAGCAACAAACAAAACACCACAACACAGCAGAAAUAGCAAUACAAAAAUAAGCAUAAAUUAUUUAAUAACAACAACAACAAGUUGUCCAAAGGAAAAGAAAGCCAACAGUCAGUCGCGUGCAGUGCAAAAUGUCUCUCUCGUUUGAGUGUGUGUGUGUUGAGUGUAUAGAAUUGAAUAAGCAGUGGCACACAGCAAGAGGAAAUAGGCAAGAAGUAGUUUAGUCCAAGCAGCAACAAGAGAAACGGAACUGUCAAAUACGAAGAAGUAGCGGGCCAACAACUGCCGCACAAAUGAAGCAAUCAAAUUUUGUAUAAUUUUUGCACAAGCCAAAAUUUGUCUGUACCCCCCACUACCCCCCACACCACCCUCUACAACAAAACAGCAGCACAGGGAGCAUAAAUCUUUUGCCAAUGAGUCGCAGACAGUCAUUGGAUCGACCAGGAAUAUUGUCUCCUCCGGGUCCGUUUCUGACGCCCAGCCCAUCGCCAUCGAUCUCAGCUAGCCCACGUCUGCAGCCAUCGCCAUCGCUAUCGCCGUUCCCACAGGAUGUGGUGCUCGUAGCCAGUGGCAGUCAAGUAAACGCCAACAGCAAUCCCCAGGACCACGAGCGCAAGGCGGCGACGCCUGGCAGGCGACAGUCCAUCCAUCAGUUCGCAAAUGGCAGCCCCAAUGCUGGAACCGUUGUCUUCCAGCCGAGCCCCUCGCAGUCACCGGCGGCCGCUGCCACGACGGUCAUCGGCGUGACGAGUGGUGGCCUUAUCGCCGCCUCAGGAGUGGGAUCAGGCAAUGCCAUAGGAAACGAGCUUAAUGCCACCCUCGUGGGCUCCAAUAAUAUCCAGCUGAAUAAGAAGGGCAAUAAACGUCUCGGCCAGCAUCAGCAGCAGCUGGGACACCAGAUAUUCAGCAGCCAGGCCGUUGCGCCCACCUCCAUCAGCAGCGUAGGGACAGUAGCCGGCGGCUAUGGGCAACAACUCAAUGCCACGGCCAUCAGCAUCAGCAGUACGCCCACUUCGUUUGCGACGGCAAACGUGGUCAGCAGCGGGUCCAAGAAUCAGGCGAAGAAGACCGCCCAGACCACGGUGGUGAGCCAUCAGCAGCAGCAGUUCCAUCACUACCAGAGCAGCAGUCCCCUGAUAGCGGACAGCCCCAUCCCGAGUCCGAGCAACGCCAUCGCGGCGGCCUCCAUUAAGCCGCCAACGCCCCAGCCCCAGCAGCAGCAGCAUUCGCAGCCCAUGCAGAUGCUGCCCCAGCAGUUUACCAUCACCGGCGGCGCCCAGCAGCAUCCGCACCAGCAGCAGGCCACGCAGCAAGUGUUCCAGUUCAUCCAGGGGCCGCAGGGCCAGCUGAUAGCCACCACCACCACCACCCAGCAGCAGCAGCAGCCACAGCCGCAGCAGGUGCAGCAGCAUCACCAGCAGCAGCACCAUCAGCAGCAGCACCAUCAACAGCAGCCACAGCAGCGGUUUGUGAGCAGCAAUGCAGGGCUCGGGCUGUCCACAAAGUCCGGGAAGGCGCCGCAGCAGAUUCUGCCCAAGCCGCAGCAGGAGCUGCUGCAGCAACAGCAGCAGCAGGGCAAGGCCAAGGGCUCCAAUGGAGGGCAGAUCUCACAGUCGCCGCAGCAGCAGCACCAGUCCACGAAUCCCGGCCAACAGCAGCAGCAGCAGAUCCUUUUGCCUGCUGCUGGGAACCAGCACCAGCAGCUGCUCCUCAACCAGAUGCCCGUCCUGGUGCAACAGAAUCCCCAGGGGGUGCAGCUGAUCCUGCGCCCGCCCACGCCGCAGCUUACGGCGGCGCCCUCGCUGGUCAUCCAGCAGAAUGGACGCGGUCAGCCGCAACUGUCGCAGCCGGCCCAGCAGCAGCUGCUGCGCAUUGUCGGAACGAAUGGCGCCACCAUGCAGCUGGCUGCGGCGCCCACCUUCAUCGUGUCCUCGCAGGCGAACCUCAUCCAGCAGACGGCGACGGGCGGCCACUUCCAGAGCGCCAUCAAGACGGGGACCCAGCUGUCGGGCCUGCAUGCGGCUCUGGCCCAGGCACAGGCCCAAGCACAGGCCCAGGCGCAGGCGCCACGAUCUCAGCCGUUUGCCACGACGGCCACCCUGAACACACAGCUCCUGGGCCAGAGCGUGGCCCAACAGCUGCAGAACCUCCAGCUGGCGGCCGCCGCUCAAAUCCAGAUGCCCAACGGCCUGACGGCCAUCUCCCAGCUGCCCGCCCACCUGCAGCAGAGCCUCAGCGGGGCCACCAUCAAUCUGAACCAGCUGAACGGGGCGCACAUCCAGCAGAUAGCCACCGCCUUCCAGCAGCCCCAGCCACCGGGAUCCAAUGGCCCCACGAAUGGCAGCGGUAGCGGCGGCAGCAACCCCGUCGGCCAGGGCGACAUCUUCACCCAAUCCUCGCCCGCCCAUGUCCCGGUGGCCGUCACGCCGGAGCCCCUGCGGCAGUCCACCCCCGUGCCGGUCAUGCAGCACCAGCAGCAGGCGGCCAUGGCCACCAUCCAGCUGCAGCAGCAGCAGCAACAGCAGCAGCAGGCCCAGAUCCAGCAGCUGCAGCAUCAGCUGCAGCAGACGCAGUCGCAGGUGCAGCAGGCCCAGCAGCAGCAUGCCACCACGGCCACCGCCACAGUGGUUGUGGCCGCAGCUUCGACUCCAGCUCCGGCGGAGCCCAAGAAGAAGCCGCGACCGCGAAAGAAGAAGCCCACGGCAGCGGCAGCAGCGGCUGCUGCAGCGGUUGCAGCAGCAGCGGCGGCGGCAGCGGCCGAUCCUCCUCCGCAGAAGAUAGCCAUAGCCGCCGCGCCCACUGCGACACCCUCCGCUCCGCAGACGACAGUGCGCUCCAAGUCGCCAUCGCCGCCGCCCACGCACAUCCAGAGGAGCAGCAACGGGAAACUGGACCUCGGGGACGUAAUGAAGUUCUGCGGCAUCACGGGCGACGACGAUGAUGACGAGGACUAUGGCGUGGGCAUGGACACGGGCAGUGAACAGCAGCAGCAGCAACAGGAACCGCAACAGCAGCAACAGCAGCAGCAGCAGCAGCCCGGCUCCAAUGAUAUCAUGAUCUCUAUACCGAACCAAAACGGCAGCGAUGGCAUGCCCUUUACGCUGACGAUACCCGCGCCACAGCCACACGGACAGUCGCUGCCGUCAAACGAAUCCACCGAAAUACCAAAUAUCCUCAUUAAGAUUGAUCCCAGCGAUCCCUCAGCCGGUGCAGGUGCAGGCGCAGGAGCCCUGACCUCCACACCGUUUACCCUGUCCACGCCGCGGCUGCCGACGGCCGAGGAGAUCCAGAGGCAGGCCCAGCAGCAUCUGGCGCAGCAGGCAGCAGCAGCCGCUGCCGCAGCAAAGAUUACUGCGGGAACAGCGCCCACCAUUAGCAUAAGCCUGCCGCUGCAGCCAACGCCCAACGCUCCUGCGACCGCCCAACCGCCCACUGGGACACCCAUUGCCGUGACGCUGACCUCCUCGGGCUCUGCCACGGCAGCAGUGAAGCCACGAAGGAAGCCCGCGGUGCGGCGGAACACCAAGAAGUCAGAGGCUGCACCUGCCUCAAUUUCAAUGAGCAGCAGCAACCACUCGACGAGCGGCAGCACCACAACGAUCAGCAGCAGCCUGAGCGGCGGCAGCAGCAGUAGCAUGUCCACCACCAUCAACACGAUCACCCUGACGACACCCACAACGACACCCGUUCCAGUGUCGCUGUCGCUGCCUCUACCAGCCCACAGCAGCAGCAGCAGCAGCACCAUGAGCACCAUGAGCUCCAGUUCCACUCUGAUGCUGGCCCAUGGCCUGGGCGGCAGCACCACAACGACCGUCCCGAGUCAGAUCGGGAACAUACAGAUCUCCCAAGUGCAGAACCAUCACCAGUCGGGGGUUCCUCUGAACAGUGCUGUGGUGGAGAACAAGAUCCAGAUAAUGCCCAUCAUGCCGCCAGGAGCCACUGUGAUGGGGGGAACGCCACAGCCACAGCAGCAGCAACAGCAGCAGCAUCAACCACAACCCACCGCCAAUCAUCAUCAUGCCACGCAGUUGGUCUUCCAGGGAUCCUCUUCGAUGGCCAGUGCAGAAUCGCACACAACCAUCAAGAUGUCCAACGACGGGCGGCAGAUGCAGCUGGUGGCCAUACCGCAAGCCACGCCCCCAGCCACAGGCAGUGCCGCCUCACAGACGACAGGCACAGCCGUGAUGACCGCGGGGGGAGCCACCAUUAUGGCGCCGCAGCUAAAUGUGGGUGGCCUGCCGGUGGGAUCGCCAGCCUCGGCUGCGGCCCUGGUGCCGCAGCUGACGGGCAGCCUCACGCUGGCCGUUUCGGAGCAGUGCGAGCGCCUGAUACUGCGCCAUGAUCCCAACAAUCCGCAGGACCAUCAGUCGCAGCUGAUCCUGCAGGCCCUGCUCAAGGGGGCGCUGCCCAAUGUGACGAUCAUCAAUGAGCCAGCGAGGAUGCCGAUGGAGUCCAGCAAGCAGCAGGCACAGCAGCAGCCACAGAUACAUUUACAACAGCAGCAGCAGCAGCAGCAGCAUCCACAGCAGCAGCAGCACUUGAUCAAAGUAUCAGCGGCAGCAGCGCCCAAAAUAGAGGUCAAAGUGGCCAACAAUCGGAAGCCGCCCAACAGCAUAACCAUGAAACCACCACCGACAUUGCCUCCGGCGGCGGCCCCAAAGACCGCCACCCACGAAGUGCUGUCCUUUCCCCAGAUGUCGCUCAACAGUCAAGUGCUCAUCCAGCAGCAGCCACAGUCACAGCCACAGCCACAGCCCCAACAGUCGCCUGUUGCUCCUCCUCCUGCUGCUGCUCCUCCAGCAGCGUCAGCACCCGCAGCCGCCACCAACAAUGGACAACAGCGAUACAUUGCCCUGCCACCGAUCGAUCCUUCCACGCAGCAGCUGUUCUGCCUGAACAGCGUCACGAAUCACAUCACGGCCAUGAGUGCCGGCCAAACUACCGCCUCGAUUGGACCCACAGAGCGGCUGCUGAUCGCACCGGCGGGCAUCAAUGCCCAGCAGCUGGCGCAGUGCCUCCAACUGGGGCAGCUCCACUUCAACGAUGUGAAUCCGAUGCCGGCCCAGCAGGCAGCGGCAGCGGGAGCAGGGACAACGCUGCCGUUGAGGCCGCAGCCGCCGCAGCAGCAGAUCGUGCACCCGGUCCAGCCGAUCAGCAACGGACUGGCCAUCACAACGACAGCCAGCUCCACGCUAACGACGACCACCAGCACCACCUCGACCACCACCACGGUGACGAAACAGGUGGCCAAUGUGGCGCCUAUCAUUGACCAGAGCAAGGCGAAGCUGGAGCCCGCUAAGGCGGGGGGACCGGCCACCAGCAGCACGGGGGCUGUGGUGAAGAAGAAGCCUGUGCGCAAGCCCAAGGCCACGCCCACAGCCGCCGAGCUGGCGAUCCUCAAGAACGCGGGGGUGGUGAAGCCCAUGCCGAAGCUGGAUCCGCUGUCGCAGAAGCCGAACAACAAUCCCGUGCAGAUCGUGCAGCCGAAUGUGGCCAGCGGCAAGCAGAUGAUUGUCAUCGGCAGCUCCGGCGGUGGACAGACCACGACGACCACAACCACGACGAUGAGCACCAGCAUCCAGCCGUUUCAGACGACCAGUGGCACGAAGCUGGUGGGCGUCACAGCGCCCAUGCAGCAACAGCAGCCGCAGCCAGCGACAGCGAUCCUACAGCAGCAGCAGCAACGGACGAGCUUCAGCCUGACGGCCACCACGGGGGCUAUCAAUCAGGGAGCCACUGCGGCAGCACCGCCGGUGGUCAAUCAACUGCAGAUGCAACAGCAACAGCAACCCCAACAGCAGCAGCAGCAGCAGCAGCAACAACAGCCACAGAUCCAACAGCAAACGACACAGAAACAGCCGCCACCUCAACCGAACACCGUGUCCCGAGUGCAGACGAUCCAGCUGACGCCCCAGAUGCAGCAGGUCUUCAAGCAGGUGCAGAUGCAGAUCCAGUUCCUGACCUUCAAGCUUCAGAACAAGACCUUUCUGCCGACGAUGAGUCCCUCGCAGGAGAUGGACACGGCCACGAUAGCCGCCUACAACAAGCCGAUGAGCGAUGCGGAGAUCAAUCUGACGCUGCAGCGGCUCUUUGCGGAGCAGCACCGCAUCCUGGCCUCCGGCAAGGAGGUGCCCACAACGCUGCCGACAGCCAACGGGAACUUCAAUUUGAUUCCACAGGCAGUGCAGCAGCAGCUGCAGCUGCAGGCCGGCCCAGAGCCCCUGAAGACGGCGGCCUCCAUCUCGAUACCGGCCAAUGUGGUGCAGCCGAACAAUCACUCAUCCACCGCCACCACCACAGCUGUGGCAGGAGGAGGAACCGGAGGAACAGUGGCGGUUGUGCAGCAGCCACAGCCACAGCCGCAGAACAUUACCCAGCGCAUCCACAUCUAUCCGAUGCAGCACCAACAGCAGCAGCAGCAGGUCAACAAGCAGAAGCAGCAGCAGGCGCAGGCUCAGCAAAAGGCAGUCGCCACGAACAGCAGCAUGCCGCAGCAAUUGGCACAACAGGAACAGCAGCAACAGUCGCAGCCACAGCUGAAGCUCAAGGAGGCUCCUGUCAUCCGCAACAAAGUGAUUGCCAAUGCGUCCACUCAACAACAACAGCAGCAGCAGCAGCAUCCACCGAAUGGAGCCAUCAAUAUGCUGCCACAGAAGACCAUCACCAUGUUGCCACAGCAGCAGCAACAGCAGCAGCAGCAGCCGCCGCUCUUGAAGAGUGGUCCGCCACCGCUGAUCUUUGCCAGCUCCACAAAUCUGUUGGCCAGCAGCAGCAGCAACAGCAAUCAGAACAACAACAGCGGCAACAGUAGCAACAGCAACAGUAAUAGCAACCACAGCGGCAGCAACAUGAUGCAUGUGGCAAACAUGCUGCCAAUGCCACCAUUGCAGCCCCAGCAGCAGACGCAGCAGCCGCCACAGACGCAGCCGCAGCAGGUGCCACAACUGCAGCCCCAACAGCAACAGCAGCCACAGGUGCAGCAGCAACAGACGCAACAGCAGCCACAACCAGCGGCUCCGCCAGUGCCUGUCCUACCAACUGUGGCAGCACCAACACCAGUGCCACCAGUGGGAAUGGGAGUGCCAGGAAUCGGAAGUCUGAUGCCCACCCUGCCGACACCCGUGCUGCCCAGCCUGCCGCUGUUCAUGCCACCAAAACUGGAUGAACUGCCGCCGCUGAAGCCGAAAAUUGCACGCCUCUCCUUGUUCGUGCGCCAGCUGGAGGUCGACCAGGAGAGCUGCCUGAAGCCGGACUAUGUGAAGCCCUUCCGCACCAAAGACGAGGCCGUCAAGCGAUUGAUUAGGUACCACUGCAUGCACGAGAAUGACUUGGAGCUGCCCUCCGACGAGGAGGAGGAGUUUGAGGCCACCGCCCUGGGAUUCCAGGAUAAGUUCCGGCAAUUGAACGGAAAGUUCCACGAGAUACUCAUGCAGGAGUCCACUCUGCCGCAUCGCACCUCGGAGUCCCUGCAGAUGCAACAGCUGAUGAUCGAUGACCUCAAGGGGGAGAUCAAUGACAUUCGCACCGCGGAGAAGGAGCUGGAGCAGCAGCUGAAGGAGGAGCUAAGCAGCGAGAGAUUGGCCACAGAAUCCCAGCUUCAGAUCAAGGAGGAGAUCAAACAGGAGCCCCAAUCGAAGGCAGCCGGCGCAGUGGUGGACACGUUUGAUUUGCUCAAGAACAGCGCCGAUGUGAACAAGGCCUUCAGCAAGUCCCAGUCGCAGUCGCAUCCACAGACAGAAGCUGCAGCAGCAACAGCCGUGAAGCAAGAGGCGCCGGAGGAGGAGGAGGAGGAGCGGGAGCAACCCACAACCAAUGGCGAGGUGAAAAGAGAGAACCAAAGCAAGGAUUCGAGCGGUAGAUAUAUCAAAAAGGAUUACGGACACUUCGAUAUCGAGUCGGAGCUGCAGACCAGCUUCAUUCUGAAGAAGAUCGAGGCCAAGGCAAGGGCCAGCCAGAUGCCCUAUGGGGGCGAGAGAGCAAUGCAGGAGCAGCAGCAGCCACAACAGCAACAGCAGCAGCAGUCGAUGCAGCAGCAGCAACAUAUCAAAGGCAAUGGCGUGGAUCAACAUGUGGAGCAGGAGGAUGGCUGGUAUUGCCUUCAAAAUGAGCUCAAUCUGAUGAACAGCGAGGGAUUGCCGCAACAGCAGCAGCCAACGCCACAGGCACAGAUGAAUGGAAGACAGCACCAGCAUUGCCCCAUCAAUCGCCAGCAACAGCAGCAGCAGCAGCAGCAACAUUUCCUGGACACCUCCAAUGGUAGCGGAAUGAUGAACAACAGUAGCAAUCAAAUGGGGGAUCUAUUCCCCAACGGCUGUAUCGACAAGAGCAACCAGAGCUCGACGAGCAGCAGCAACAGCAGCACCUGCGGCAGCGACAACAACGCCCCCAGCGGCAGCGCCAGUGGCGUCGAUCCCAGCAAGCACAAUUCGAGCAUUGGCAACUCCUCGUGCAGCGGCCAGCGCCAGCAGCCGGUGGCCAUGGAUGCGGCGGAACAGAACCAGCAUCCGGCCAUCAGUGAGUUCUUCAGCAGCGACUCGGAUGUGCAAAAGUCGGUGGAGACGCGCCUGGAGGCCAUGUUCGGGGAGUCGCCGGUGCAUUUGGAUGUGAAGAACAGCAGCGAUGCCCACGACAUUGAAUCCAAUCUGGACGAGAUCUUUGGCGAUUCGAAAUCCCCAGAGGUCAAGAGCAAAUUGAACAUGUGGGUGCCAGAUGCCAGCUUCAUGCAGCAGCCGCAACCACAGCCACAGGCCCAACAGCAGCAGCAGCAGCAGUAUGCAGGACCACAGCAACAGCAACCAUCGCAGCAGCAGCAGCAGCAGCAUCACAUCGAACUGAAUUGCAACAAUAAUCCGAGGUGGAUGCAGAGCAUGGAGGCCCACUACAGCGACUUCAUGUCCAGCACCAGCAACGGCGACGGACCCGGCGCCCAGGGGGCGAUGCUCGUGAACGGGGGAGAGUCGCGCAAGCGGCACUGGGACAGCCAGAUGAUGGGCUCCAGCAGCGAGCUGGAAGACGACAACAGCAGCAAGCGGCUGUGCACGGGCUCCUCCUCGUCGUCGUCGCCCAUGUCCUCGCAGCAGCAGCAACAGCUCGUGGUGCCGCCGCACGGCCUUCUCGAUCCGGAGAUGCUGCUGCACGACGGCAUGGGAGUGGAGCCGGCCAACGGGCCCGCAGGCUUCUCCCAGAUGCUGCAGCAGCAGCCGCAACAGCAACAACAGCCGCCACACAACUUUGCCAAUCAUCAGGCCUACGCUAGCAUGAUGAACACCCAGCAACAGCAGCAGCAUUACCAGCACAGCAUGCAACAGCAGCUGCAGCAGCAGCAACAGCAUCCCCAGCAAAUGCACGUGAACCACUUGGGGGGACAGCCCGUGGUGACGGGGGAGUACGACGACGACAUUAGCCGGCAUGUGGCCAGUGCCAUUGACAGCAUACUGAACCUGCAGAACAGCGCCGACUCGCUGCAGUUCUCUCUGGGCUCGAUCCUGGGCGACAGCAUGCUGGAGGACCAGCGGCAGGGAGGCCAGGCCAAUCUGCCGAGCUGCCAGCAGGAGCAGCUGCAGCUGGCCCAUCAGCGUCGCCGGCAGCUCGGCGAGGAGAUGAACGACUGCCUGAUCAGCGGCGGGGGAUCGGCGGCCAAUGCCGUGGCGGACAACAGCAGCAACAUCCUGCUGGAGCAUCAUCACCAGCUGCAGAUGCAGAGCCACAGCGUUGUCCAGCCGCCGCAUCUGCAGCACCAGCACCACCAGAGCAUCGGACAGGCACCCUCCCAGCACUUGGUGGGGCAGCUGAAUGACUUUAGCUGCGUGGCCGCUGGCCUGGACGACCCCGUCAAGUCGAUAAUGACCUCUUGACUUGGACUCACCUCAACCGCCGGUGGAGGCGGAGCGGCUGCCCCGACAUCGGCGGCGGAGCUGGCCAACAGCCUGAUUCUUGAGUUCAAUGCCACCACCUUGUGAGCGUGGGCUGACAGCGACUUGAUGAUUGUAUAGAAAAAAACGCCCCUCAAACCCCCCCCCCCCACCAAAAAAAAAAAAAAAAAGAAAUUUUAAAUUUGUUUCGUGUUUUUUCCCCAUUUAUUUUAGACCAUAAGCUUACAAAUUUUAGCCUAAAUUGUUUUAUACUUAUUCUGUUUGUAUUUUUUAGUCCAAUAUUUUUUGUACAAAUUCUGAACCACUCGCUGCUUAUUAUUGGUUACUUAAAGAAACGAGAGGAAGGAAAAGGGAAAGUGAAAGAAAAGAAUACCCAAAUAGAUGGCCAAGAAAGAAGGAAGUGAAAGGAAAGCAAUUGACGCGGCGAAUUGAAAUGCAAACUAAACGACGAAUAGCAUACAAUGCUCUCACGGAACACCCCCUAAUAUAAUAAAUUAUAUAGUUACACUAGACAAUUUAUAUUCAUAUAAAACAAAGAGAAAUGGGAGAAGAGUGAACGAAGAACCAAGAAGGUAACGGAUACGCGCAAAGAAAUGGAAAGAAAACAUAACGAAUUGGUUGUAUAAUUAAUUCCGUAAUUAAGUUGAACUUGAAGCAAUUCUGUGGAACAAUUGAAAUCGAAAAUGUCGCCAAUGCACGUGUUCAUAUAGGGAGAGAGGAAGAGAGGCGGAGGAGCAAUCAAAUCAAUCAACCACACCAGAAGAUAGAUCCUUCCCUUAUGUACGAGUAUUACUAAAGAGAUUGUGUAUAUAGUUUGAGCAGUUUCAGGAAUGGAAUAUAAGUUGAUAGGAAUUUUAACAGGAAGAUAGCAGAUAGCAGAUAGCAGAUACGUAAAGCGCUUUACUUUCCAUAUGGCUGCUUCUGAUAUUACAAACGAAUCAAGAAACAAACCUAUGGACGUGUGCUCAAUUUGAAUGAAAUGAAGAGUCAGUCGGGAGAAUGACGAGCAGGAGGAGGGAUAUAUUUCGGCAAUGCUAUGGAAAGAUCUUAGGGAUUUAAGCACGAGCAAACCGUACAGCAGCUCUGGCAACUACGAAGCAAACCAAAAGCAGUUCAAAAAUCACAAUUUUAGCCAAUUUAGUUUAAACAUUUAUAAAUUAUUGAAUCUAUAAUGUAAUAAUACUAUCUUCUACACUUCAAUGGAACGGAUGGAUCGAUGAGAGGAACAAACAAAAUGGAAAUUUAACGAAUCGUAUCAAUUGUAUCUUGAUCUUGCGACAAAUCUGACUUGUGAUUUGUGCCACGUUUUAAAUAUAGAUGUCUGAUUAGCUUGUAAAACAUAAUUAAUAACUACGAUUAAAAGUCUAAACACAGUAAGACACUACGAAGUUUAUCCAAAAACAAAAAAAAACAAAAAACAAAAACAAAAAAGCAAAAACGAAUUAAUGAAAGAGCAAAGCAAUUGUAAUGUUUCCAAGCAAUUACAAUACUAACUACUACUUUAAUACCACCACCAAAACAAAACAAAACAAAACAAAAACAAAAAACACCUACUAUGAUACGUACUUCCAGACGGACGGAAUGGAAUGGAAUGAAAGGGAAUGGAAUGGAAUGGAAUGGAAGGGAAAUGCUUGUAUUACGUAUGUAUAGUCAGUAAGGGAACUUUCAAGAGGUAUCAUUAAUCUAAGAUGUGCUUCAAUAUUCGGGCCUCCAUGACCCCCUAACGAUCCCAUCCCAUCCCCAUCCCUUGUGUCCCUUAUGUGUUGCUUCAACUAGAAGUUCCGGCACUUUCUAGUUAUUAUUCAAAGACAAAUAACUUUCGUGUAAAAAUGUACAUGUAAUAGAAUAAUUUAAGUUUGGAAAAACCUCAAAAACUGAAUAAAUUUAAAUCUAUUGCUAGAUUAUUAAUGCGAAUUGUUUUAAGUUGUAUUUAGAACAAGACUCAAGAGAACUCAGAUUACCCCCGACAUCCGACACCCGACACCCAUCCACAACAGACACCCGUCGCCCGUCAUAAGAAUUGUUCAGCUAAAAAUGUGUCUAAAUGUAAUGUAAAACAUAAAGAGAAAACUAAAGAUUUUAAUAGAAAGAAAAACCAGGCAUCAUCGGCAUAAGGAGAGAGAGUAAAAAAAGAGAAACAAGAAAGUAAAAACAGUUUAAUAUUUCAUAGUUUAUUAAGCCCAUCCAUUCAUAGUCGUCAUAAACAUUAAGUUCAUAAAGAAAACUAAUAUAUCAUCCCUAUGCUCUUUGAGUAACGGGGAGAUAACAAACAUAAAAUCUCACUGAAAACGAAACGAAACGAAACGCAACAAGUAACAGAGAAAUCAGAGAAAACCCAGCUAAAAGUGAAAGGAAAAUGCAAUCAAAGCUCAUGCAUUUCAUGCGUUUGUACUGGGUGACAACGUUCUUAGGAAAAUAAAGAAAAUUCCAUACAAUUUUAAAAA